CUUCGCUCUCUUUUUGUUUAUCCUUUUUUUUGUCCUCAGGUCCAAUUAGCCUCUCGGGUUCUCAAGCCCAAAUCUCUCUCUCUCUCUCUCUCUCUCUCUCCUCGGUUGAUUCCCAGAUCGGCUCCGAUUCUCCGUCUUCGCCGUGCCGGAGAUUCUCCUUCCGCGUCUGAUUUCACUCCGACAUCUAUUUCCUCUGCUUCGUUCUUCUCCUGCAGAUAGCAAGAAUCUGUCGGACUCGGACAAAGAUGGAAACAGCUAUUGAGGCCUACAAUGAUGAUGAGAUGGUAACCCCGGAAACACAACCGAUCAAGCGUCGGAAAAAGAAGUCGAUGGUGUGGGAGCACUUCACUAUCGAGACAGUGAGCCCUGGUUGCAGACGGGCGUGCUGCAAAGGUUGUAAGCAGAGCUUUGCUUACAGCACGGGUUCAAAAGUCGCGGGUACCAGUCAUCUCAAACGCCACAUCGCCAAGGGGACUUGCCCGGCUCUUUUACAUCCCCUCGAGAAUAAUCAGCUAACGCCAUACACACCCAAGAGUGAUACACCGAGAAGACGGUAUCGAACCUCCAGCACUCCCUAUAUUUCAUUCAAUCAGGACCAAUGCCGCCAUGAAAUUGCCAAGAUGAUCAUCAUGCAUGACUACCCUCUUCACAUGGUUGAACAUCCCGGGUUCAUUUCCUUUGUCCAAAGUCUUCAGCCUCACUUUGAGAGGGUGAGCUUCAACACCGUUCAAGGCGACUGUGUCGCCACUUACCUUGCAGAAAAGCAGACUGUCUCGAAAUAUCUUGAGGGCAUUCCUGGGCGCUUAGGCCUUACCCUGGACUUCUGGACUUCGAAACAAACUCUGGCGUAUGUGUUUAUAACCGCUCACUUCAUCGACAGCAAUUGGAAGUUGCAGAAAAAGCUUCUCAAUGUCGUGAUGGAACCAUACCCAGAUUCUGUAUCUGCUCUGAGUCUUGCGGUUGCCUCGUGCAUCGCUGACUGGAAUCUGGACGGUAAGCUAUUCUCUGUUACCUUCAACCAUCCAGUCAGUAACGAUGCUGUCGAGAAUCUAAGGCCACUACUCUGUGUCAAGAACCCAAAUAUUCUCGACGGGCAGUUGUUAAUCGGGAAUUGCGUCGCCCGUACCUUUAGCAGCCUUGCGAAAGAUGUGCUGGACAAAGGGAAAGAAGUGAUCAAGAAGAUCCGUGAUAGCGUGAAGUAUGUGAAAACCUCGGAAUCUCACGAGGAGAAGUUUCUCGAGCUUAAGCAACACCUUCAAGUUCCAACCGAGAGCGGGCUUUUCCUUGACGAUCAAACUCAAUGGAACACAACGUAUCUGAUGCUUGUCUCUGCUUCGGAAUUAAAAGAGGUGUUCUCGUGCUUAGACACUGCUGAUCCCGACUACAAGCAAGCUCUAUCAGCCGAGGACUGGAGGCAAGCCGAGACCCUCUGCUCGUUCUUGAAGCCUCUUUAUGAAGCGGUAUCUGCUCUUCAAUCCACUGCAAACCCAACUGCUGUUACGUUCUUCCACGAAAUCUGGAAGACACAGUCGGAUCUCUCGCGUGCAAUUGUCGGGGAGGACCCUUACAUCGGUGGCAUGGCGAAAACCAUGAAAGAGAAGAUCGACAAGUACUGGAGGGAUUGUAGCUUGGUGUUGGCAAUGGCUGUGAUCAUGGAUCCUCGGUUCAAGAUGAAGCUCGUCGAGUUCAGUUUCUCGAAAAUAUUCGGGGAAGACGCGGGAAAGAACAUAAAAACCGUGGAUGACGGGAUCCACGAGCUCUUCAACGAGUACGUUGCGCUUCCUCUGCCGCUAACCCCGGCCUACGCAGAAGGCGGGAGCAACCCGAAACCUGACAGGCUAUUGGAUUUCGACAUGUAUAUAAUGGAGACGACGGGACAGAAUCUGAAGUCGGAGUUGGAUCAGUACCUGGACGAGACGUUGAUGCCCCGAGUUCAGGAGUUUGACGUUUUGGACUGGUGGAAACAGAACAAGCUGAAAUACCCGACGCUGUCGAAGAUGGCCCGAGAUAUUCUGUCGAUUCCCGUGUCGGCAGCGGCUUUCGGGAACGUGUUCGAGGGGGAACCGAGGGAGAUGGAUGAGUACAAGACGUCGCUGAGGCCGGAGACGGUGGAAGCUCUGAUAUGCGCAAAGGAUUGGCUUCAGAGUAGUGAUGUCAAAACUGAACAGUGAGGGGACAGAGGGGACUUCAAGUUCAGUGUUUUUUUUUUUUGUAAUUUAUGGAUCUUUUCGAUUAUGAGUGUAACCCGUGGUAGUUGGCCUAGCUUGCAAUUUCUAAUGUUGUGUUCGUGUCUGAGUAGAAGAAUAUUCUGGAGGUUCCGAGUACAAUAGUAAUAAUAAUAAUUAAUAA